ACCCAAUUACGUUUUCUUAAAUCACCACAAGGGGGCGUUGUAAAUUAUUUCCAGGAAGUGCUUGAUGUUUAUGUCCACUGAGCAACGCGAGCACGGUGAAGUAGACACCCCGCAUGAGAAAUGGAUUCCACUCAGAUGAUCAAUGACUUAAACUUGGAGUCAGAUGAAGCAGAAAGUGAAGAAGAGGAGAAUGAAAACCAAAGGGGUCAACCAUUGGCUAAACUGUGUGUCUUAAAAAAUGAACACAUUCCUGAGACAGAGUUUCCACUCUUUGUCGGAGAUAAUGUGCUGGGCCGUGACCCCAACACAUGCUCCCUGCCUCUGCCCGCAUCCUCAAUAUCUAAAAAGCAUGCCAUCAUCUCCAUCUCUGUCUAUCGGAGGAGAGGUGCUCAUGGUGAUAUGGAUACAGAGGCUUUGGUGUGGGAUCUUGGGAGCAUGAAUGGUACCCGCAAGGGCCGCUUAAAGCUGAGUCCUGAAGUACGCUAUGCCCUCAGUGAUAGUGACAGCUUGGUAUUGGCAGACAUCCCAUGUCAGUAUGUCACUGUAGACACAGUCUCUAUGCAAGAGGACACACAGACUCCUGUGAGCAGGAAUUUGGGAGUGAAGGCUGCGUUGCCUGGUGCCUCAGGAGAGAAUGGUGGGGACAAAAGCACAAACAGUAAGAAAUGUGUCAACGGAGGCACAAACACUACGGCAUCUUCUACAAAGACUCCUGUCAGAAUGGAUUGCUUGUCAUUUGAGCAAACGCCAACCCAUCCACAGGGGACGCUGGUCCCAGAAUCUGAUUCAGACUCUGAUGAAGAAAGUGGCAGAGUUAAGGCUCUUGUUUCUGAGUCUGACUCCCAUAAAUCUAGUCCCACAUUUUUGAGUCCCCCAAACAAAAUCGUCCCAGAAAGUGAGGAUGAAAGUCCCAUCACGCCGUCCUCCUCUAAAAAUAGACUUUACAGACACGUCAGCUUCAGCAAAGAGGAGACAGAAGUAGAUGUGUUUGGACAGCCGCUUGAGGAAAAAAAGGCAUUUGCAAUUGUGGACGACAGUGAAGAGGAGGAAGGGAGGGAGGAAGAAAGAGCCACACUGGAAGGGACAAAGUCUCAUACAAGUGGACAACAUGUGCCGAUGACAGAGGAAAGAAAUAUCAGUCUUUCAGGAGAGGAUGAAUUGCCUGUGUGUACAACAACACCCACCAGAGAAAUGAUCUCUGCAUUUAACGUGGACAGUGACACUGAUGUGGAGGGAGAGGAGGAAGGGGUGGUGUCUUCACCUCCUGUGACCUCGAACACAAACCCACUCAGCCGUCAGCUGCCAAACACAGCUGAGUAUCGCAUGGACAGUGAUACAGACGUUGAUGAGGAUGAAGUUGCCUUGGACAAAUCUAAAAUGGUGGCGUCCUCUGAUGACAAUACCAAACCUACUCAUGUAAAUUCAGUUAUCCAUCCUGAGGGUUUCACUGGGGACAGUGACACUGAUGUGGAUGAUGAUGCUCCUGUGUCAGGCGCUGACACCAAAGCAAAACCUGUCUCAUCUCUGAGUGCACCCACAGCUGACGCUGCUCCUUCAACACAGGUGAAGGAUUUCCACUUAGACAGUGACACAGAUGUUGAUGAGGAAGAAGAGAGUGGAUGUGAAACACACAAACCCCACUCUAAAGUCGAUGAAGCCCCCACUAGAUUGGAUAUGAAGACAAAUGGGGCUGAAUCUGCCUCUGCCAUUCAUAGCCUACAACUUGACAGUGACACAGAUGAUGAAGAGAUGCCAACUCCAAACCUCGGUGAGGUUUCUGCCGUCGACAUGGAAUCAUGCACCGUUACAGAUGUCGGGCCUGAUAUUCUGUCUGACAGUGACACAGAUGUGGAAGACUCAUCUCCUCAGGUCACACCUGCGGCUGUCACAGCCUCGCCAGACUCUGCUGGUGCAACGUCAGAAGCUCUUCGAUCAGAUGACACAGACACAGAUGUGGAUGAAUCCAGCAAGCCCCCUGCUGAGGAUGGGGCCAAUCCACCUGACCACAGAGGGGACAGUGAUAGUGAUACAGAUGUGGAAGAUAAGGAGGCAGAUGUGGGAGAGGCAGGAAAGGACCACAUCCCUAGCUUAUGCAGAGAAAGUACACCUAGGUGGCUGGUUCCACUUCUUCAGAAGAGCUCUACUCCUAUAUUGACAGAAGAAGAACUGGAAAACAUGGACACUCAGGCUUUCCUUUGUCCCUCAGUGCCAUUCAGACGAGAGGUAGCACCUGCUAUAGGAGCUGAAGGAUUGUCAUCCUGCUCAGGCAGCCAGGAGGAUGAAGACUUUGUUGUGGCGGAGACUCAGUCUUUCGUUCUACAGAACCAAGACUGCCAAAACAACCCUCCAGAGGACCCCACUCAAACGUUUGGCCUUGAAAUGUCUGGUGAUGAAAAUGGUGAAGAGUCCACUCAGGAAGGGUCUUUUCAGCUGGGAUUGUCUGACAGCAGCCACCUGCAGUGUCAGGCCCAAGCUCUGGCCAUGGAGAGCACCCAAGCCUUUGUAUCUGUGGAGAAGAUUGUGAAUCUGGAAGAUACCCAAGCAUAUGCGGCCGCUUUAGCUGCAGACAUAACGCCUGCAGAUAUUGGGCCAAACCCGGAGGCUACACAGGCCCAUAAAGAGGCUGAGGAGCCUGCCAGAUGUUCAGGGAUGUCUGAAAAAGCAGGUCAGAAGGAUUUGGCUCUCGAAGAAACACAGGCAUAUAUUUCAAAAUCCUGCAGUGAUUCAGAUGAUGAAACAGAUGAAGAUGAGAGGAAAAAUACAAUCGCUAUGGCUGAGACACAACCUCUAGACGUUCUCACCUCGUGUGCUCUUGCCAUGGCUGAAACCCAACUAAUAUCUGCCUUCGAGGAAGAGGAGAGUUUGGUAACAGACAAGGUUUUUACCUCUGCACAACAAGUCAAGCCCAUGACACAGAAUGACACAGAAGAGAGUGAGCAACAAGGGGAGACAGCUCAACCUCAGCAGAGACCAACUGGUGAUGUUUUAUCCAUGGCUGAAACUCAGCCAAUGAGCAUAUGUGAUGAUGAAGAUUUAUUUCCAUGUCCACAGAAAAGAAGAGCAAAGCCACUACAACUUGAAGAGGCCCAGACGCAGCCUUUCAUUAGUUCAGAUUUUUCUGUUGCUGAAACUCAGCCUAUAGCUACGAGUGAAAAUGAAGACAGUGAUGAUGAUGAUGAAGACUCAAUGCCUGGCCCAAGAAAAAGAAGAGCAGAAGCACUGCUACUUGAGGCAGAGACACAACCCUUCCUUGCUGCGGGAACUCAGCCCAUUAGUGCAAGCGAAGGAGAGCAAAGUGAUGUAGACAACUCAGUUCCAGGUCCACGGAAAAGAAAAGCAAAACAACUACAUCUUGAAGAAGAGGAGACAGAAACACCCUCAAACUCUGAGCUCUCUGCAUUUGAAACUCAGCCAGUGGAUCCUGUUGAAGAGACUGAAAGUCAGGAAGAAGACUCUAUUCCAAUUUUACGAGAAAGAAGAGCAAAAGCGCUGCAAAUUGAAGUUACACAAUCCCUCUCUGAUUCUGAAGUCUCUGCUGCUGCGACCAAUCGUGCAUGCGAAGGAGAGCAAAGUGAUGAAGACAACUCAGUUCCAUGUCCAAGAAAAAGAAAAGCAAAACAACUACAUCUUGAAGAAGAGGAGACAGAAACGCCCUCAAACUCUGAGCUCUCUGCAUUUGAUACUCAGCCAGUGGAUCCUGUUGAAGAGACUGAAAGUCAGGAUGAAGACUCAAUUCCAAUUUUACGUCCACGAAAAAGAAAGGCAAAGGCAUUGCAACUUGAAGAGGAGGAGACACAGCGUCUCAGUGUUGACACCCAACCUGUAGUUAGGGGUGAAGACGUGAGUGAUGAUGAGGACACUGGUCCAUGUGAAACAAAGGCAAAGGCACUGCAGCCUAAAGAAGAGAAACCACUCGCAGUCUCUGAGGUCUCUGCUGUUGAAAGACGUGUACAACCUAUGAGACAAAGGGACACACAAUCUGAAGCUGAAACCAGUGGAGUGAGUGCUAGAAAUAAGAGAGCGACAAGGGUGAGAUUAAGAGAGAAGGAAGAGCAAGCAGAGAGUUCAGAACUUCCAAAGAGACGCACAAGAGGGAAGACCAGAGGAAGAAUGGGAAGAUCCAGGCCUGAUGGCGAUGACAGUGAGGAAGACAAGGAGGUAGAACAAGCAAUGACCGUUACAGAGAAGAAAAGCAUGAGACAGCAGCGAAAUAAUACAGAGGAGGAAAAGUGUGAAACUGAAACACUUGAGGAAGCUGAAAAGAGCAGCCUGAUAGAGGAAGAACAAGGAGGAGAAUGGGGAGAAGAGAGAGGUCAUCUUGAGAGAGAAAAGGGGAAGAUUGGUAAAGAAGAGCAGAAACGAGAGAUAGACAGGCGUAAUAGUAAAGAAGAACAAAAAAAUGUAGAAAGGGAACAGAAAAACAUGGAAGCAGAAAGAAUACAGGCUGAAAAUGCUGAGAGAAUAAGACUUGAACAGGAAAGAGCGGAGAAAGAGAGAAAGGAGCAAGAAGAAAAGGAAAGAGUCGUUCAGAUACGGAGAGAAAAAGAGGCACAGUUGGAAAAAGAAAGAAAGGAGAAGGAAGAAAAAGAGAGAUUAGAGCAUGAAAAGGCAGAACGAGAAAAGAAGGAGAAAUUGGAGAGAGAAAAGGAAAGAAAGGAACGAGAAGAAAGAGAAAGGUUGGAGACAGAAAAGAGGGAACUAGAAGAGAGACUUGCGAGGGAGAGGAAAGAAGAAGAACAAAUCAGAUUACAGAGGGAAGCAAAGGGAGAAAGAGAAAGACUGGCUAAAGAAAAUAAGACCAAAGAAAAAGAAACAAACGAGCGAGAAGAAAACAAGGAUGAACUAAACAAGGCCAACGUGCCAGCAAGAGGUCGAAGAGCAGCUCGAAGAUCUAAUGUUGAUCAAAGUACAAUAGAGCAAGACUCCAUUCUAGCCAGCGAUGAUGUCCCAGCAAGGAGAACCAGGUCUCGCUCCAACUCUUCCAACUCCAUCAGUUCAGAGAGAUCUGCCUCAAGCGUCAGCACCCAGCCGAGCCAGGGGAGAGGUCGAGGCAGAGGAGCAAAAAGGAUGAGUGAGAUUCCUCAGACAGUUACUGUUAGGAGCAGCAACAGGAGGAGGACGACCGUGGCUGCAGCAGCAACAGAUCAGGACGUUUUUCCUCUUUCAAGAUCUAACUCCACCGCUUCUCUGAACUCGGACAUUUCAGGCUGCAGCGUGAGCUCUCUGACCAGAGGAAGAGGAAGCCAGCGGCGAGGAAGAUCGAGGACAUCAGAGGCUGCAGCUUCUGUCAAAAGGCAGAGUGAUGACGAUUCACUUCCCCAACCCACAGCCAGAGGCAGGAAUAGCAGGAAAACAGAGGGAUCUGCAAAUGUUUUCAAAGAGGAUGACGAGGAGAAGGUAGACGCUCAGCAGACUCAUUCCACAAGGGGACAGCGCAGAGCCACCAGGAAUCCUUCUGUAUGUAACGCUGCACAUGAGGAUAACAAGUCCAAUCAAGACGAAGGUCAUGCCAGUGAGGAAUCGCAUCAUUCUAAGAGGAAUGUCAGGGGCAGAGCCCAACAGUCAGUCAGGAGUGAAGCCGUGGUGACACCAGCAGCUGCUUCUGAUGGAGAUGAGACUGAAGACAAAAGGAAAGGCAGGAAGAGGGAGCUGGAGGCAAAUACAGGGAAGGAUUCCUGCUCUAGCUCCAAAGUUUCCAAAGCUCAAACACCAGAGGCAACAGAGGAAGAAGUGAAAGAUGAGAUACCCGUCCAAGCUAAGAGGAGAGGUAGAGCAUCUUGUGCUCAGACCAAGAAUACUAAAGAAACUCCUCAUGAAGUGGAGGUGAAAGAAGAGAAAAUAGAGGAGAUUGUUGCGAAGAAAGGCAGAUGUCGGACUUCUGCCAUCCAGAAAAACAGGAAAAAACAGCAGGAAGAAAGUGAAAAUUCCUCCAGUUCCCUGGAACAGGAUACAGAAGGGCAGUCAACAGAGCCACAGACUCUGACCAGCGGCGCAUCCCGGAAACGACAGGCUCCUGCGAGCUCCCCUCUGGUGGCAAAGACUCCUCGCUCCUGUGCUUCCUCCCCUGCCCCUGGUGGACGAAGUAAAGCUGUGAGCCAGGCGUAUAAAGUGCUGUUCACAGGUGUAGUGGAUGAAUCUGGGGAGAGAGUUCUGGCUCGGUUAGGAGGCAGCAUGGCUAAAGGUGUGGCAGACAUGAACUACCUGGUGACUGAUAAAGUGCGUAGGACCGUCAAGUUCCUUUGUGCAAUGGCCAAAGGAAUCCCAAUCGUCACUACACACUGGCUGGAAAAGAGUGGUAAAGCCGGCAGCUUCCUGCCUACUGAUGCUUUCCUCGUGAAGGACGCGGAGCAGGAGACGAAGUUCAGUUUCUGCCUGCACGAGUCUCUGAGGACGGCGAGGAGUCAGCCUCUCUUACAGGGAUAUGAGAUCCACGUUACAAAAUCAGUGAAGCCGGAGCCAGUUUACAUGAAAGACAUAAUCUCCUGCAGCGGAGCUACCUUUCUACCCAAGAUGCCCUCUUCUCUCAAGCCUCAAACGGUCGUGGUCUCCUGCGAGGAGGACUGGGCGCUGUGCGGCCCGGCUGUCGCCGCUUCCCUUCCAGUCGUCACGGCUGAGUUCAUUCUCACAGGAAUCCUUCAGCAGAGAGUGGACUUUCAGUCUCACGCUCUCUCUGUAGCUCCUGUACAACCUGCAGGAGGCAGAGGGAGGGGCAGGAAGAAGACAUAGCACCAACACGGUCCACAGUGAAUAUUAUGCACUCAGUCAUUCACCUACAUAGUGGAGCAGCCAAGUCUGUGCCACUGUGUAUUUGUAGAUACCUUUUCAAACCAGAGGCCGACAGAAGCACUAGUGAGUCAGCUGUUUUUCUAUUUGACAAAAGUCCUUUUUCUUUUAUACAUAUAUUGUCAAUACUGUGUCAUUUUACUGUUAACUGUGAAGCGGUAAGAAGAGAAACUUGCGUUAAUUGUACAUGUUUCUGUUUUGUCAGAGAACAAAUGAAACAACAGUAAGAAAACCAAAGGGAAAAGUGUCUCUAAUGGGCCGUAUGCAUGGCAGCCAUUUUGACAGGUCACUGUAGGGAAAUGACAGGUGUAAACCGUCAAAUGAUUGAUGUCUGAGUUCUGUUUAGUGUCCUCAGUUUCAGCGUGCCUGGUCGUUCACUGUCACUGUCUGAACUAAACAGAGCUAUUGUUAAUGUGGUCAGUGUCACCUCUGCUUUUUAUGUUAAUCAUGUCAAAAUGACCAUUAUAUGCAAAGGGCCUGUUCUCUCAGUACAAGUCUUUAUCUUUGCCUUGUACAUAUGGAAUCAUGUAGUUUUAACAAAACAAAUCCCGACACCAUGAUAAAUGAAUCGCUCUUUGUCACUCUCCUAAUCCUGUAUUCUUCACCUCUCUCUCUCUGUUUACAGUAACAAAAACAAGAAUUAUCUCUGCACUAUCAUUAAAUUGCUGCUGCUAUGUGCUAAGUGCUUAAAGUCAAUCAGCCUCUCUGGCAGGUGACCAGCCAUGUUGAGACAGUUGUGUGUAAAUCAUGUUUGGAUGGUGGAGACUUGGCAUUGUGAUGUGUUUAGAGAUCCAUCAGCUCAGGCAGCCAGUAGACUGAAAAAGUAAGAUGCUUGUUUCCUGAAGUGCAUAGUGCCUUUUUAUACCAUGGAACUACUAGUACAUCUGUUGUUCCUGUGUCUCCAUUAACUAUCACCACCCACUCCAUUAAGGCUUCAUUCAAUCCUAUUUCCUCCAGGGAUGAGACGCGAUAUACGUACCUGAAUGCUGAUGCUGCUUCUACAUCAAUAUCUUAUGAUGUUUGCUCUCGCCAUGCAUUUAUCUACUGUCUCUUUACUUCUUAGCUCAUUGUCUUCAACACACACUGAUCAGCCACAACAGUAAAACUGCUAACAGGUUCUAAUAUUAGUGGCCAAACUGUAUAUUUUUGACUUGGUCAAGCCAUAAAACAUUGAAUAAGAAAAUGAAAGUACAGAAAAGGUUUUAAAUCAAUGAAAUCUUUCCAAACAAGACUGCUGUAUCAUUGGUGUUCAAAUUAAAAACAUGUAUUAGCUUGUAAUUUAGUAUUUAGGCCUGUUGUAUAAGCUAAUAUCUUGAGUUUGUAUUUGCACCAAAAUCUGAAAUCUUUUUCUGUUAUUUGUGAAAACAUUAAAUGUGUCCCAUAACCUGAAA